AUGGCGAUACCAGCAGGAGCACUACAAGUUCCCAACGGCGAUGACGCGGCGGACUUUGGCGACUUCGUGAGCACUGAGGAUGAGGAGAUCGACCUUGAAGAGAUUGUGGAGCCCUGGCAUAAGUAUGACAUGAAGACAACUCCAACUCCAUAUGUCUUCUAUCCCAUUUGUGUUGGAGAAGUGCUUGAUGAGAGAUACCUGGUUGAGCAUAAAAUUGGCUCUGGUGGCUUCUCCACUGUCUGGAUGGCUCAUGACCUCCAGGAUAGCAGGGAUGUAGCGCUCAAAGUCAUGUCUUUAGGGGAAUGGGGAGAAAAUGAAGCCCGCAUGCAAGGACAGGGUUCUAGUGUUUCCAUCCUUCAACCUUCUAUCCUCAGAAAUAUGCCCAUGGCCACUCGCAUGUCUGCAGCUAAGCAAUUGCUCGAGGCCUUGGACAAUUUACACAAACUUAGUAUUAUACACCGCGGUGAGUGA